AUAAAAUUGGGCGUGUGGGAUGAUGAUGUGGAUGCGAUUUUGGGGGGCGGGCGACUGCUGCACGUUCGAGGGCAAACUGACUUGACUGCACGCAAAAGAUAUCGACAAUCGAUCAAUCCACUAUUUGCUCACGCACACCCACCUCUUGUGCCCUCCUUCACAUACACACGCACACUUGCACUCUCGCUGCAACCAAGUCGACCACAACAUCCACAAUCCCAUGUCAGCUUUCGCAGCCACUGCCGUUCGAAGACUCGCACAGACACAGCGCGUCAUGUCCCAAAUCAACGACGUCUACAUUCUUUCGGCCACGAGAACUCCCAUCGGAUCCUUCAAUGGCUCGCUCAAGAAGCUGACCGCACCCGCCCUGGGCGUGGUGGCUACAAAGGCAGCCAUCGAACGAGCAGGUCUUCAACCUGGUCAGAUCGAAGAGAUUUACUUUGGAAACGUGCUCCAGGGAAAUGUCGGACAAGCUCCUGCUCGUCAGGUCGUGCUUGGAUCUGGCUGCCCGGAUACGACGGAGGCUACCACCAUCAACAAGGUGUGCGCUUCGGGCAUGAAGGCCAUCAGCCUGGCCGCUCAGAACAUUGCGCUUGGACAACGAGGCGUCAUGGUUGCUGGUGGUAUGGAGAGCAUGAGCAACGCUCCCUUCUACAUGACUCGCGGUGCCACUUUCGGCCAUCAGCAGCUACUGGACGCCAUCGUCAAGGAUGGUCUGCACGACGUGACCAACCAAGUGCACAUGGGCAACUGCGCCGAGAACACUGCCAAGAAGCAAAACAUUUCUCGCGAAGAUCAAGAUGCCUAUGCCAUCGAGUCUUACCGAAGAGCAGCCGAAGCUUGGAAGAGCGGCGCUUUCAAGGAUGAGAUUGUUCCGGUGGUCAUUGCGGACAAAAAGGGAGACGUGACUGUUUCGGAGGAUGAAGAGUACAAAAAUGUCAAGCUGGACAAGAUCCCCACGCUUAGACCCGUGUUCGACAAGAACGGAACUGUGACUGCUGCGAACGCGAGCACGCUCAACGAUGGUGCAAGUGCCGUCGUUCUUGCCAGCAAGGCAGAGGCUGACAAGCUCGGCGCAAAGCCUAUUGCGAAGAUCAUUGCCUUUGCGGAUGCUGCGUGCGCCCCCAUUGAUUUCCCCAUCGCACCGGCGCACGCCAUUCCCCUGGCUCUCAAGCGAGCAGGCAUCGAAGUCAAGGACGUUGCCCGUUGGGAGAUCAAUGAAGCUUUCAGCGCUGUAGCGAUUGCCAACAACCAAUUGCUCAACUUGGACCCUUCCAAGGUCAAUGUUCUGGGAGGUGGUGUCUCUCUCGGUCACCCCAUCGGCUCUUCCGGCUGCAGAAUUGUCGUCACCCUCAUUCAUCAGCUCAAGCCUGGAGAGUACGGAGUGGCGGGUGUAUGCAAUGGAGGAGGUGGAGCUUCGGCCAUCGUCAUCAAGCGCGAGGCAUAAAGGUCUCGAUUCAAGAGAUGGGGAAGACGUUCGAUAAUGUAGGCAGUAUGAAAAAGAGAAGACAAUUCCAUUCUGUCGCAGCAAUCUCAAAGGCCUGAGGCGUUUGGUGAACAGAACGAGCAAAUCGGAGCAAGCAGAAUCUGGCAGGCAGCUGAUCAUGCAGGUCAACUUCAGCUUGCGCUCAAGUUCA